UGGGACACAGCGGGACAGGAGAGGUUCCAGAGCAUGCACGCGUCCUACUACCACAAGGCUCACGCGUGUAUCAUGGUGUUCGACGUGCAGCGGAAAGUCACCUACAAGAACCUGAGCAGCUGGUACGCGGAGCUGAGGGAAUACCGCCCAGAGGUUCCCUGCAUUGUGGUGGCCAACAAGAUCGAUGCGGACGUGAAGGUGACCCAGAAAAGCUUCAACUUUGCCCGGAAGUUCAGUUUGCCCUUUUACUUCGUGUCUGCUGCAGAUGGCACCAACGUGGUGAAGCUCUUCAACGAUGCCAUCAAGCUGGCAGUGGCUUACAAGCAGAAUUCAGGAGAUUUCAUGGACGAGGUCAUGCGAGAACUGGAGAGCUUCGACCUGCAGAAGAAGAGUGAGAAUUUGUCGGAUAACGACGAGAGCUGCCCUGAAGAGAAGUCCCCGUCUGCCUAA